AUGCAGGACACGAUCGACAUACCCAUGGUGAGGAGCGGGCGUGACUCGCUCAUCGCCAUGUCGUGUCUGUGGUUGCUUUUUGUGGCAACGGUGGGCCUCCGCAUCUAUGGCCGUAUGAGGGGACCGGGGCUGUCACUGGAUGAUGUUUUUGCGGGCACUGCAAUGGUCUUGGCAACAAGUACAAUCGGCUUGAAUGCUACAGUAUUCACCUCUGGCGUUGGCUACGACCUGGAUCCCAACAACGCCGACAUGUUUCCCAAGCUCAUGAACAACCUCCCAUUCAUCAUGCAGAUAACCUUCGCCUUCACGCUGAUCUACAUUUGGUGUCUAGCUGCCCUUAAGCUCUCCCAACUGGCCCUCUACCACCGUGUCUUCGCCCUUCAACUUCGUAUUCCGGUUUAUAUUGUUGGAGGCAUCGUAGUUGCCUGGGCCAUCAUCUUCAACUUUGUCUUCCUGUUCCUGUGCGACCCCAUCUCGCAGCAGUGGACGGUGGAGCGAGUUGGACAUUGCAUGGAUCAGAUUCUUCUACUCAAGUGCUUGAUCCUGACCAAUAUGGUGACGGAUCUCAUGAUUGUGGCUUUGCCAAUUCGCUCAGUGUGGCAGCUGCAGAUGCGCAAGACAGAAAAGCUCGCUGUGUUGGCCUGUUUUGGCUUGGGAUUGGCAUGUGUAUUCAUCAGUAUUGCGCGCUUCGUACUCAUCUACACCAUUGACCUCAUCGGUAAUCUCACAGGGACCUCAGGCACCACGUUUAUGUUGUGCACUAUUGAACUGAUGCUUGCUGGUAUUUGCAUCAACAUCCCGAUGCUUCGGCCCUUUUACCUGCGAUGGCGCACAAAGUACAAGAGCUCAUCGAGCAACAGCGGGAUAACAAGCGGCUUGAAAAGGUCGGGCACUGGUGGUUUGGGAGGAUCACAGCAACAAAGACCAGGUCACUACACACAGUGGAUGGAGCUGCAUGACAAGGACAACGCAAAUGUCACUGUUACUGCCGACGAUGCUAGUUCAGAGAGAAAGCUCACCGCCAAGCCCAUGCCGUUCGACGCGAUCCAGGUAUCCAAGGACUUUGUCGUCACACGCAGUUAG